AUUUCAACGCUUUUACCAGUCUACCCGUUUAUUAAGUCUAAACUAAGAGUAUUUCACAAUACAGAAGCAGCUUUAGAGCAUGGCACGCGCUCAUUUAAGUGCGGACAAUGUCGAAAAUUUGUUUAGCGAAACGCCACUCGAUGCAUUAAAUUUUGGCUCUUUGAAAAUACUUGCAGACCAUUUAAACCCUAAUGGAAAGCUUAUGGAAUUGAAAGACGGCACUGGAAUUUAUGUUUAUGACAAUUUUACAGGUAUAGUAGAGCAGGAACAUUUCCCACCUGAGGAAAUAAAAGACAUCAGUGAUAAUCCUAAUCCAACCAAUGAGCUUAUCUCUGAAAUGUCCGAGAAAUCUUGUACCAUUGGCGACCUUUUCAGAGACGUUUUGAACAUGGGGCGUAUUGAUAUUGUACAAAUUAGUCGAGCAAACUGGGUUAAAGAUUGCCAUGUAUACGCAGAUAAGCGGGGUGCGGCUCCGCAAAUGGUUAUGGAAAUUCCAGAUCAAGAAAUUGAAGAAGAGGACUGUGACAAAGUAAAUCUAGGACAUACAAAGCAGUAUGAUGCAUUUCUGAGUUAUGCAUACCCAAAUUUACGCAUUGCCAAGAGGACGAUAAGAAAACUAGAAAAUGAAGGAUUCACAUUGUUUGUACCAGGUCGUGAUGACCUACCAGGAGGAGCGAAACAUGUACUCACAGCUUAUGUGAUUGAGAAAAGGUGUAAACGUGUCAUCAUCCUGUUGACAAAAGCAUUCCGUUCCAGUCCGGAGUGCGACUUCCAGGUCAGAUUUGCAAACGCUCUCGAUUCAGGAGCUAUAGAGAUGAAGAUCAUCCCAGUAAUUUGUGAAGACAAUGUUGAGGUGCCCAGGUUCCUCAACUUUAUACACACCUGUGACAUCACCAAGAAUGAAUGGUCUAAACUUUAUAGGGCCCUUUCUCAUCAGUGCACCGGCGAAAAUACAAGGUUUCUGGAAAGUUUAACAUACCCUCCACCGGUUAAUGUUGAAAAUGAAUUCCAGCAACUAAGCAUACACACGGAUAACGUAAGAUAUCAGAAGAUCGUUAUCAACCUGAUGGAGACUCUGGAAUAGUUCAUGACAUAAAAGCUCAAGAUGGGAAUGGGAACGAAGUUUACGUGUAGCUAUGGAGACUCUGGAAUAGUGCAUGACAUUAAAGCUCCAGAUGGGAAUGGGAACGAAGUUUACAUGUAGCUAUGGAAACUCUGGAAUAGUGCAUGACAUUAAAGCUCAAGAUGGGAAUGGGAACGAAGUUUACGUAUAAUUCUUCUUGCCCGCGGGAUGAUAGACGCAGUAGAUUGACGCAACGUCAGCAUAAAUGUAAUCCUAAGAAUGUCACCUUCAAUUUUGCUAUAACUACAUGUAUGUUUUGCAAAAAGAAGACAUUUAAUGCCGUGUUAUGCAAAAAGACGAAAGAAAUGAAAUUAUACAGUCAAGGUGUAAAGGAAAUGAGCCGCGCCAUGAGAAAACCAACGUAGUGGGUUUGCGACCAGCAUGGAUCAAGAUCAGCCUGCGCAUCCGCGCAGUCCGGUCAGGAUCCAUGCUGUUCACUUUCAAAGCCUAUUGCAAUUACAGAAACUGUUAGCGAACAGCAUGGAUCCUGACCAGACUGAGCGGAUGCGCAGGCUGGUCUGGAUCCAUGCUGGUCGCAAACCCACUAUGUUGGUUUUCUCAUGGCGCGACUCAAAUAUAUUCUUCAGUAGCUCUAUAUUCUCUAUCGAUUCUAUGGAUAUUUUAUUUUAUGUACUAUCAAUGUGCACCCUUUCUCAUUAUUUUGUGUUUUCAGAUUACUCUUGUUUCACGUAUACAAAAAAAAAUGUGGUGUGCGAGUAUCUUGCGAUUGUGUCACAAAUGCUUGCACAAACCUCAUUUUCUAAACCCUUAUCAUUGUACUUUUGAAUAUGAAUCCAAUUCAACAUUAUGUAGAUGUAAUCGUUCGUAACAAUUAUUUAUACAUGUCCGGUAUGAUACCGAUUUGACAUUGUGUAAUUGUACGUAAUUAUUAGAAUAUCUGUUAUAUGAUUCCAAUUAAUAUUGUGUAUAUAUAAUCGUAUUCUGUGCAGUCUGAUCAUGAUCUUUACUAUUCGCUAUUCAAUCAGUAUCUUUCGUUGGUAAGCACCCAUUUUAACAGUUAAUGGUACUGUCCAUACUGAAAGAUACUGACUAGUUCGUUAUAGAAAUUUAGCUGGAACUGUUAAGUUGUUGCUCAGGGCGUGGGGUAUAUUCCACGAAUGCUUCUCAUUGCAGAGAAGAUGCAGCCGUUUCUGCGCAUGCCCGGAAUUCCACAUUUCAGUAGAUCUACCUCUUAUGAGAAGAGUUGAUCAGAUCGAAUAUGCUGAAUACUGUGCUUGGCUGCGAUUUACAUUUGCUUGAAAAGGAUCUACUUACUUAUUCUACUUACUGAUCUAACUUAUAUCUGUUCCUAAUGCAUUGAAAUCUCUUUUCGAUCAUUUGUUAAAAACUUUAACCAUCUAUUGAUCGGAAAAUUAAUGUGCUUCCGUGGUGUAGUCCAAAAAAGGCCCUCCGUGGUAUACAUGUAGUCCAAAAAGGCCCUAACAAUUAAAUGAUAUUUUUGUUUCUAUUUUUAGCACAUUUGCGCGAUAACCUGUGGCCAAAUGGGCAUUUUUUCACUCGUAAAAUGUAUUUUACAUUAAAUAAGAUGCUUCACAUGAUAUUUACAUGUUUUGAGCUGUUUACUUGAAAACGAAAUUAGUGUGUUUGUUUGGUGGACCGCUUUCUGAAAUGUGGUAAUAUGAGGGUACCUGAUUUCAGUUGACUUGCAUUUCACUGCAUACUAUUUAACACCCCUUUUUCUUUUCGUUUUCUUGCAGCAAAUGUAUGGAUAUCUUGCGGAAAAUAUGACUACGACGGAGUGCAAAUCUCAACUGUAUCAAAAUUGAUCUGAAGUAGAUGAAUUUUAUAUGAAACAAUUUUUUUUUUAUCUUAUUGGCAUAUAGCCUGAGUAAAGACGGUUAAAAAGCUCA